UGGCACCACUGAGAUGCUCCUUUCCUCAGUCUGUGAGGCAGUGCCUGGAGCCUUCUGAGCCAGGAGAUGCCCAUGGGUGGGUGUACUCCUCGAGAGGAGAGGGGUUAGUCUCCAUCCUCCACCCAGGAUGGAAGUGCCCGACAUCACAAUCCCAGAGUAGGAAGGACCCUGGGAUGUGAUCCAACCUGACCUUCCAAGUAAUGCAGAACGCCUUUGGGCAGCUUCCGAGCAGAUGGCUUUUCAAGUGCCCGGCAGGUGCCAGGAGGCUGGCUUCCUGUCUUCCCAAGUGGAGGUCAUUCCUGUGGUCACACACUGGAAGUGACAGGCUGGCGUGCUGGCGAGGAUAAUCACAGCUCUGGGUUGCUGCAGAAAUGUCCCACAGGAGAAUGCAGCUGGCCCUGUCUCUGGUCUUCAUCCUCUGUGGCCUGUUUAAUAGCAUCUUCUCUGAAAAGCAACAACACUCUCAACAGCAUGCGAACCUAGUCUUAUUAAAGAAAAUUUCAGCUUUCUCCCAGAAGAUGGAAGCUCACCCUAAGGCUUUCGCCCAAGAAUUGUUCAAGGCUUUGAUAGCUGAGGAUCCCAAAAAGAAUAUCAUCUUCUCCCCCGUGGCCAUGACCAUCACCCUGGCCACCCUCUCCCUGGGGAUCAAAUCCACAAUGAGCACCAACCACCCCGAGGACCUGGAACUUGAGCUCAAACUGUUGGAUGCGCACAAGUGCUUACAUCAUCUUCUUCACUUGGGGCGUGAGCUAGUGAAGCAGAAGCAACUGAAGCACCAGGACAUUCUCUUUCUCAACAGCAAAAUGAUGGCCAACCAGAUGCUUCUGCACCAGAUAAGCAAGCUGCAGAAAAUGGACAUCCAGAUGAUUGACUUUUCAGACACAGAAAAAGCCAAGAAGGCCAUCAGCCACCACGUGGCUGAAAAAACACAUACGAAAAUCACAGACUUAAUCACCGACCUGAACCCUGAGACCAUCCUAUGUCUUGUCAACCACAUUUUCUUCAAAGGCAUCUUGAAAAGAGCUUUUCAGCCCAAUCUCACCCAGAAGGAGGACUUCUUUUUGAAUGACAAAACCAAAGUGCAGGUGGACAUGAUGAGAAAGACAGAACAGAUGCUUUACAGCCGGUCAGAGGAGCUAUUUGCUACGAUGGUUAAGAUGCCUUUCAAAGGAAAUGUGUCCCUAAUCCUCAUGCUCCCAGACGCAGGACACUUUGACAAUGCUCUUAAAAAGUUGACUGCUAAGCGAGCUAAACUUCAGAAAACCAGUAACUUCAGACUGGUGCACUUAACUUUGCCCAAGUUCAAGAUCACCUUCGAGAUAAACUUUAAGCAUCUGCUUCCCAAGAUUAACUUAAAGCAUCUGCUUCCCAAGAUUGACCCCAAACAUACGCUGACUACCACAGCAAGUUCACAGGACGUCACAUUGAAGGCUCCCCUGCCUAAUUUGGAGGCCCUGCAUCAAGUUGAGAUAGAGCUGAGCGAGCAUGCCUUAACCACGGACACAGCCAUUCACACAGAUAAUCUGUUGAAAGUCCCUGUGAACGCGAAGGAGGUCCCAGUGGUUGUGAAGUUCAACAGACCCUUCUUGCUGUUUGUGGAGGAUGAGAUGACUCAAACAGACCUCUUUGUGGGCCAAGUCCUCAACCCCCAAGUUGAGUAGAGGCAGGGCCAUGCUGUGCAGCACAGAAUCUUAGCAGGCCAUGAAUAAAAAGAGUACAAUUCA